GGACAAAAUCUCAACAUCCCUUUGGCUGCUGAUAUACCUCUUAGCCUCUUACAGCAAGAAAUCUGGACAGAACCUAAAAUAACGUACGGAACAUGAAUAGUGACUGUUUGUGUCUAUUGACAUAAAAAAAUAAAUAGAAAAUUGCUCUCUGCCAAUACCAGCAAGACAUUGUGAUUUUCAACUCAUUUUACCGGUGGACUGAUUCGGCAGCCCUUCUGAUGCUGAUGUACAUGUCAGCCUCUUACAGCAAGAAAUCAGGACAAAACCUAAACCAUGGAGGGGGAAAACAGCGAAAAUAGGUACGAUUUUUAAAUACUGACUUUACAAAAUUAGAAAGUUGCUGGAAUUACAAGAACACCGAUCGUUCGUAAAAGGCAAUUUUGCAUAUUGUAAGAGUAAAACGAUGGGUCGUUGAUGGUAGAGAACGUAAUCAGCAAAUAUAAAAAAAGACUUAACAAAAAAUUACCACAACUCAGGAUUUACAUAAAUCCGCAAAUUGAUCAGCUGCAUAGUUAUUACCUGAGCACAGACUACCCGAGCAAAGACGCAGCUAAGUAGGAACUUAAAACCUAAACGAAUUUGACACUGGGAGCCAAAACAGGAUUGGAAUCAAAUAUAUACAGGAUGUUUAAAAGAAAAAAUGACAGUGUGGAUGGGAGUGACGAGGUAAAAUGGGCGUUAAUUCAGUGAGCUGUAGUUUGGACCCAAUUUUUCAACACUGGGAUUGUCCCUUUAACUAAUAGUUCUUUCUGGAUUGUCCCUGAUUUUUGAAGAAAGUUAAGCGCUACGAUUGUCUGAAUCACUCGUUAUUACUGAAAGUGUGUUUGCCCUUUACUAAUGUCUUUCGUUUAUACAUAAACUGGAAUUACACAUCCUGUUUGUAAAAUGAAAACGCGCAGCAAAAUUAAUAGUUAAAUUCCGAAAUAACAGCAGCUCUAAUAAUCCAAUUGGAAGUUGGGAACAGUUUGAGAAGACAUGCAGAUGCUGGCCGAGACAAUCUUAAUGCUACACCAUACAGUGGUGGCUGUCCUAAAUUAAUACGAAACACCGUAAUUUGUGUAACAUACGUAACAACACGUCUUCCAAGGCAAUAGUGGGUAGUGUAUAGUUUUUGAAUGUAAACCGGCAAGUUUAUUGCUAUGUGUUACCUGGUGUGAGCGGUGUAGGAUUACGUCAGUGGCCUACAGGAUGGAAAUCUUGGUGAUUCAGGAAACCGAAACUUGACCCGCCUUAGUGAAGACCGUGGCUGGGAACUGUAUCGGCAUACAGCGGAGGAAGGGGCUUCUGGUGACAGCAGGUCUGUUCACUGGACAAAACAGAAUAACUGAAAAUGGGGGUUCCUAAGUUUUACCGGUGGAUUUCUGAGCGUUAUCCUUGCCUUAGCGAAGUUGUGAAAGAACAUAAGAUUCCAGAGUUUGACAACUUGUAUUUGGAUAUGAAUGGAAUUAUUCAUCAGUGUUCUCACCCUAAUGAUGAAGAUGUCCACUUCAGAAUUUCUGAGGAGAAAAUCUUUGCUGACAUUUUCCAUUAUAUUGAAGUACUGUUUCGUAUUAUAAAGCCCAGGAAGGUUUUCUUUAUGGCAGUUGAUGGUGUGGCACCAAGGGCAAAAAUGAACCAACAGAGGGGGAGACGUUUCAGAUCCGCAAAGGAGGCAGAAGAGAAGAUAAAAAAAGCAUUGGAAAAGGGGGAGACCCUUCCUGAGGAGGCUAGAUUUGAUUCAAACUGUAUUACUCCAGGGACUGAAUUCAUGGCCAAGUUACAUGAACAGCUUAAGUAUUUUGUUAAUUGGAAGAUUUCUACAGACAAGACCUGGCAAGGAGUGAACAUUUAUUUGUCAGGUCAUGAGACUCCAGGCGAAGGAGAGCAUAAAAUCAUGGAAUUCAUUCGUUCUGAGAAGAUGAAACCUGAUCAUGAUGUCAACACCAGACACUGCCUUUAUGGAUUAGAUGCUGAUUUGAUAAUGCUGGGAUUAACAACUCAUGAGUCUCAUUUUUCUCUCUUACGAGAAGAAGUUCGAUUUGGAGGCAGAAAGUCUCAGAAGAGAGUUACUGCACCAGAAGAAACUACAUUUCAUCUCCUUCAUUUAUCUUUGAUGAGAGAAUACAUUGAAUAUGAAUUUUCUCCAGUGAAAGAGAAGAUUUGUUUCAGUUUUGACAUAGAAAGCAUAAUCGAUGAUUGGAUAUUAAUGGGAUUUCUUGUUGGAAAUGAUUUUAUUCCUCAUCUACCUCAUUUGCACAUUAAUCAUGAUGCUUUGCCUUUGCUGUACAGAACAUACAUGGAUGUUUUGCCAAAACUCACAGGCUACAUUAAUGAAAAUGGACAUUUAAACUUGGAGCGUUUUGAGAAGUAUCUAGCAAAACUGGCAGAAUUUGAUCGUGAACACUUCAGUGCAAUUUUCCUUGAUCUUAAGUGGUUUGAAAGCAAAGUGGGCAACAAGUACCUCAAUGAAGCUGCAGGUAUUGCGGCAGAAGAAGCUCAGAGUGAGAAAGAAAGGAAACAGAAGGCUCAUGAAGAUGCCUUAAAUUUAGCUGCUUUGGAGAAAUGUGAAGAUGGAGAGGAGUGUCCCAAAGACUUGGUUGAUGAUGCAGAAGAUGAUGACUUAUUUGAAACAGAGUUUAGACAGCACAAGCGAUCAUACUAUAUGACAAAAAUGGGGGUUGAAGUUGUCUCUGAUGAGUUCUUAGCUGACCAGUCUGAGUGCUAUGUACAAGCUAUACAAUGGAUUUUGCACUAUUAUUACCAUGGGGUGCAGUCAUGGAGCUGGUACUACCCAUACCAUUAUGCACCUUACCUCUCAGACAUUCGCAAUAUUUGCAAUUUUAAACUGAAGUUUGAGUUAGGCAAGCCAUUCUUGCCAUUUCAACAGCUUCUUGCUGUUCUUCCAGCUGCCAGUAAGGACUUGCUACCUAAAUGUUAUCAGUACUUAAUGACUAGCGAAGACUCCAGGAUCAUAGAGUACUAUCCAGAAGAUUUUAAAACUGACUUGAAUGGAAAGCAGCAGGAAUGGGAAGCUGUAGUCUUGAUUCCAUUUAUUGAUGAGAAAUUGCUGCUGGAAGUCAUGGAACCUUGUUCCAAGCAUCUGACAGAGGAGGAGAGAUUACGAAAUAAACACAGUGAAUGCCUUUUAUAUUGGUAUGACAAGGAUGUAGAGUUCGUAUAUCCAUCACCAUCUCCUGGGAGCACUCCUGCAGUUGAGCAGUGUUGUGCAAGAUGUAAGAAGAUUCCUUUAAAUGCCUGGCGGGUAGAUCUUUCCUACUGUGCUAAAAAGGUUCACAAGAGUAGUGUGUAUUACUGUGGUUUUCCCACAUUAAAGCACAUCAAACACAAGUUUUAUCUGAAGAAAAAUGGAGUGCAAGUAUUUCAACAAGGUAGCCGUGGAGACAAUAUGAUGCUUGAAAUUAUUUCUGAUGAACAGUCAGAGGAAGAAAUUAAUGUGGAAAAUGUGGCUGCCUUAGUGCUUGGAAAAUCCAUCUUUGCCAACUGGCCACAUCUUGAAGAAAGUCGGGUUGUUGCCACAUCAGAUGGAGAAGUCAAGUUUUCUCUGGAAGAACCUGCAGGAAUACAAAGGAUAUAUAAAGACCAGGCCGCACCACCAGCCAAACUGACUUAUUUGGGUGACAAAGAACGAAACUUCUGGUUACAGGAAGUACAAGGAAUUUCAGAACAUUAUCAGAAACGGAAAGGAGUCGUCAUAAACGAUACCUUUGUGGUUGUGUAUGCUCAGCUGCUUACAGGUCGUCGGUACGUAAUCCAUCAAGAUGGGGAAGUGCGCUUUGAAAAGCAGUGGUCAAAACAAGUUUUACCAUUUGCAUAUCAAACUAUUGUCAAGGAUAUAAAUGCCUUUGAUGCCAGUUUAUGUCUCUUCACGACGCUGAGUGACUUAUUUCCUCCUGGAAUUACAGUUUUCAUGCUUGGCACUCCAUACUAUGGCUGCAUGGGAGAGGUUCAAGACUCCACUGAUGUUAUAGCAGAUGGAAGAAUCCGUGUGGUUUUUAGUGCUCCUUGUGAACCACAGCUCGAUUCCUUAAUACAAAAUCAGCAUAAAUACUCUGUUAAAUACAACCCUGGUUAUGUUCUGGCUAGCCGACUUGGAAUCAGUGGAUAUCUUGUUUCAAGAUUUUCAGGAAGCAUUCUUAUUGGGAGAGGAGCUAAGAAAAACCCUUUAGGAAAUCUGACCAUGCCAGUUGGCCUCUACCUGAAAUUUUCAUUUUUCAACAAAGAAGUCCCUAACUAUAUUAAAAAAUGGGGGAACAGUUGGGUCUUUCAGUGUGCAGUGGAGCAAAUUUUUUCUGGGGUCUUGGACAGGUUUCCAGAAUUGUUUACUUAUGUUUCUAAAAACACCCAAGAUGAUAUUUUCUAUGAAGAUGACAUUUGGCCUGAAGAGGAGGAGAAUGGAGCUGAGAAAGUUCAAGAGAUAUCAUCAUGGUUAAAGAGUCAUCCUGUGAGCUCCUCAUUACGUGCAUCUUGUGAUUUGCAAAUCCUGGAUGAAGCUGUUGUUGAGAAAAUUGAAGAAGAAAUAGAAGCAUGCAAGCAAAGGAAGAGUAACAAAAAGGUCAGAGUGACUGUGAAGCCACAUCUACUUUACAGGGCUCUAGAGCAACAGCAAGGGACUGUUCCUGACAGAGAAGCAGACUACCGUUUGUUUGACCGUGUUGUGAAUAUAAGAGAGGGUUACUCUGUGCCUCUCGGUCUAAGAGGCACGGUCAUUGGCAUUAAAGGAGCUGACCGAGAAGCUGAUGUACUUUAUGAAGUGUUAUUUGAUGAAGAAUUCCCUGGAGGACUUACAGUAAGGUGUCCUUCAUGUAAGGGAUAUCGACUUCCUGCAUGUGCCUUGAUUAAUAUAUCCCACGGAAGUCGUGUGGAAUUGGGAAUUCAGAAGUUAACUGCAAUAGUCAAACCCCAGCCUGCAGCUAAUCCACAGUACAGUUCAUAUUCUGUUGCCAUGGAAUCUCAGAUGAAGGUACGGAAAGUGCAAUUGGGAGGUCUGAAUCAUUCUCCACAGUCACCUUUUGUACCAACACGGGGUUAUACUAAACAAGAUGAUGAAUUCUCCAGUGUGUGGAAUUCCUUGCAGGGAUUUGGAAAGCCUCCACCUCCUCAGCAAAGUUGGACAGAAAAGAUGACGAAUCUACCUCAAGAAGUUAAGAAUGAUUCUGGGCGUAGCUAUCAGUCCAGAAAACUGAAUCAGCAAGAAGUCGGGAGCAGGGGACAGCAGCCGAAGACAUCAGGUGUGCAGAGAUAUAAGCAGGAACAUGCAAAUCUUCAUGGGAAUUCUCCAAAAUCUAAAGAAGAAUUUAGGAAUCUGAAACAGGAAACGCAGCUGAAGAUGCAAACUAAUCAGAUAAUUGAAAAUGACUUGGAGAAUGUUAAAAUUCUGAAGAGGAGCCAUGUAGCUAAUCAAAAGACUCCAGAUGAUGGACAAAAUGUACCAGGAAAGCCUUCCACUGAUUUUGAGAACAUCAUGGCAUCUUUGAGUAUAAGUAGGGAAAAUGAAGUAUCAUCACCACAACAUGGAGAAAAGUGUGUGAAUAGUGAGGAACAUUUGUCUCCACAGUCGUUUGCAAUGAAAGGAACACAGAUGCUGAAAGAAAUUCUGAAGAUUAAUGGCACUGAUAUGGAACCAGCUAAAACUGACAUGACAGUACUUGCAGAUGAAACUGUAGCUCCAUCAGCUAUUCAGGAGUCCUGGCGACCACCACCUCAAAAUCGAAAACCAAAAAUACUUGCAGCUCAUAUUAACAAGCCUCAGUCAGCAGGUGUUUCUCCGACUGCUCAAAGUUCAGAAGUUUUAGGACAUCCAGUUAUUGUGCAGCAACCUCCAAUGUCCACACCAGUUUCUGAGCUCUCACGCAUCUGUGUGGCAGCGGGAAGUCCACAGCCAGAGUACUCAUUCCUUCGAACACCACAGGGUAUGAUGGUUUGUCAAGUGAAAUUAGCAAAUGGAUUACUUGUACAUGGACCUCAAUGCCAGUAUGAAGUUGAAGCUAAGGAAAAAGCUGCACUCUUUGCAUUACAGAGACUGAGUUCACUUGGUACAAAUCUUCCAUUACCUCCACCAUUGUUUCCAAAUUUUAAACAGAUCAGAGCUGCUGUUUCACAUGGCACAAUGCGUCCAGUUUUUUGUCAGUCCACAUUAAAUACUACUAAUCUGAUGCCUUCAUCUCACCAUAACUAUGGUCCUGUGCCUUGGGGGACACAAAUGCCUGUCCAUGGUCAAUCUUUCUAUCAUAACCUCUAUCCAGGAAAAAUACCUUCUGCUGGAGGAACAUCACCUGGUAUACACAGUCAGUUUAUUCCACUUCAGGUCACAAAGAAAAGGGCUUCUGCCAAAAAGAACUGUGAAAGAAAAGAUUAUCCCAGUCCUUCACAAGCAGUAUCUCAAAAAAGUGAGCAUCAACUUCCUACAGACGUGUCCGAGAGAAGUGCAAAGGACAUUUAUCCUUCCACAUCCAUUGAGUCAUUCACUGCUGGUCAGCCUACCAUAAAUUUGAACUCUAAAGACAACUAUGUUUCUCACAAAGGAAGACCACUGCCGUCAUCUUCCAGGCGAAAACACAGAAAACUAGCAGCCAAUUUUAAUGUUUCAAAGCCUUCAGAGUAAACAAGGUUAUUCAUGUUUCUACUGUGCAAUUUCCAGCUGGUCUUCAUUCUUUGUAUGGAAGUUUCUUGUCAUCUGUAGGCUCCGAUUCCACUGACAAGUCAUCCAGGAGAGAUCUGUGCUACUGAGGGCAGCUGUAUUUAAUUUCACCAGGCACUUUGCUCAAUAUGAAUUAUGUUUAAUACAUAAAAUAGUUUCUGAAAUGUAUAACAGAUUUUAUAAGUGCAAGAGAGAAUAUUUGACUUUCUACAGACUAUUUUAUUGAAAUUUCAGAAGUAAAAUUUUAUGUGUUUCUGUUUGUAGUUACCACUUUUUAAAUAUGUGUUUGAUGUCUGUCUGCCAGGUUUAAAUCUUUUACAUUUUUCAUCAGAAGUGGUGCAUUUUUAUUAUUUGUAACUAAAAAUCCUAACAAGUCAUUACUGAAGACUUCUAUUUAUGUAGCUGUCCUGAGCAGCACCAUAUUUAGGAAAAUUUCAGAUAUGGAUUUUAAAGCUAAAACAUAUAUUUUGCUGAAAUAUUGGUGGAAUUCUUAAGUCAUGUAAAAUAAUGUACAGAAGUUUCUAUUAAACUGUACAGUGAAAUGCC